AUGGCAGAUGACGGAAACCCUGUUUACAUAUUUAUCUGUGGGAUACAAUGGCGGCGCGCUUGCGGCUGCUCCUAUUGGUGGUGGCGGCUAUGGCGGGCGGGGCCGGUCCGCAGGAGGAGACGGGGCCUGACUCCGACCCAGGAGGUGGAUGGAGGAGAGGGGAAACGUGGGCGGUCCCGGCACUCGACAGCCAGGGUCCGGGCUGAGGGUGUAAGAGGCCGGGAUGGCGGCCGCUUUAGUUCUGGAGAAACUCAGCAGGUCGGGGCAGCAUCUGUGGAGAGAAACAAAGUUAACGUUUCGAGUCCAGCGACUUUUCUUCAGAAGAAGAUGCUGCCGGACUUGCUGAGCAUUUUGUGUGAUUGUUUCAAAUCGUCCGGCUGUCGCUAUAACCCGGCUUUCCAGUGGGAACAGUGGCAGCCCUGGGUGUGUAUGUGUGACAUUGGCAAACAGGGCCGUGUCCGCUACUUUGUGGUGUCCUCGGAGACGGCAAAGAGAAACGUGGACCUCGAAGAAUUCUGGCAGGUCAAGCCGUGUGCCCUUGUGGACUGUGAAUUUUGCCACACUACCGAGUGCCCGAGCCCGGAGGUUGGAGAGACUGUGGCCUCAUCAAGAUUAGGCCACCGGCCCCCUCGUCCUGCUGCAGGCUCCAUGCGGAUUCCUGCUGCCAAACCUGUGCAAGCAGAUUCCUACGACAGCCUGCCAGUCAUCGAUGAUGUGGGAUAGGAUGUGCCUCCUUUGCUGUGAGGCUUCUGUAUGUGGGGAGUGGUCAGCUUCACAUCUUUGACUAUUUUCGAGAAAUAAGUCAGCUGACGAAGAGUUUGUGUGUUUCAGUGACCAGCUAGCCUGCUCGCAGCUCAUGCAACUGUCUCCAAGACUUUUGUCCCCAUUUGAUACUCACCCGUCAUUCUCACUAUGAGUGAGUAGGCCCCUCUCUCCUGUGAACUGAUCUCUGCAACGGAAAUGUUCGAACCCUGGCUUAGUUGUUUGUGUGUUAUACAUGGACUAAGCACAGUAUGACAGAGAAGUUGUAACACAAAAGCUGACCAUUUGGCCUAAAGCAGUCAUGCGCUCCUUUUUCUUCCAUAGAUGCAUGGUUCCAAUCACCCUUACUCACUCUGUCCCUUGUCCUUCAUCCACCUAAUCAAUCAAAUCCUGAGUGUUGACUUUUUUUUGCCUCAGCCACUCUCAUUGAUAUUUCAUAUCCUCUCAGCUUUUUGUUUGUCUUCAUCACUCUUCGAAAUUUCUUACAUUUAACCUUGUGUCAAUGAUUCCAUAGGCUAACUAUUCCAUGACUGGAAAUAGCCUGCUUCUGUUUAUCCUGUUUUAAGCUUCCAGAAUACUAUUCUAUCAUAUCACCCCUAACCCAUGCAUGUUUAGUGGGAAAACACACAUCUGUCAGAUAUUUCAUUUAUAUUUGCAUUUAUUGCAGUUGUCUUGAGCCAACCCUGGGAAAGCGUGCUGCAUCAUGAAACUCAUGUGAGGCACUGCAUUUUAAUUAUUUUAACUGACAUCCAAUCAGCUUUCCUGGCUGCAGUUUACAGAUGAGUGAAUUUGGGAAGGAGAUGACUAAUGAAAUGUGUUAUGAAGAUAGAGACAUAGAGAGUGUUGAAUGUUGGUGAGUAAGUUAUUGCUUCUGGAUAUGUGUCUACAGCUAACAUCUAAACUCUUCUAUCUGUCUUGCCAUUGGGAUGUUGGAUAAAUAGAACUAAUUGAUCGAAAUAUUUGCUGACUGGCUUGGAUUGGCUCUGAAAUCAAUUGGUAGCUCCUUGUGUCGAACUUAGUCGUCAAUGUCUUUAUCUCAAACAAGUCCUGUUACUGUGAGAAUCAUAGAAUCAUACUGUAUGGAAAUUGCCUUCAGCCCAUUGAGUCUGUACUGCCAAAAGUAUACAUCUAUACGAGUCCUACUUUCCAACUGAAGGCCCAACCUUGAAAGUCAUGAUAUAGGGGUGGCAUGAUGGUUCAGUGGUUAGCACUGCUGCCUCACAGUGCCAGGAACCUGGUUCAAUUCCACCCUCAGGUGACUGUCUGUGUGAAGUUUGCACAUUCUCCCUGUGUUUGCGUGGGUUUCUUCUUGGUGCUCCGGUUUCCUCCCACAGUCCAAAGAUGUGCAGGUUAGGUGGAUUGGCCAUGCUAAAUUACCCAUAGUGUUCAGGGAUGUGGAGAUUAGCGGGGUUAUGGGGGAGUGGAUCUGCAUGGGACGCUCCAAGGGUUGGUGUGGACUUGUUGGGCCAAAGGACCUGUUUCAACAUUGUAGGGAUUCUAUGAUCAAAUGCUCAUCCAGUAACUUGUUAAACAUCUGGAUAGAUCUGCGAUCAUUGAAUUUAAAAUUCUAAACUGGGCCAAGAUUAACUUUCAUCUUUUACAUUCGUAGAUAUAAUAGAAAAAAACCAUUUGGCCCAGAUUGCCUGUGGUAGAAUUACCCAGUUAGUCUUACAUCCCUGCUCUUUGCACAGUACCCUCCUACUGCCUCCUUCUAAAUAUUUAUCCAAUUCCUCUUGAAAAUGAAUGUUACAUCUCAGUGUUAGUUUUCUGCCUUCUGGAUACUUUGAAAUCAUGCAUCAUGUACUGAUAAUCUAGGUCAUUAAUAUAUAUCAAAAAGAGCAGUAAUGUCAAUGCUAACUCCUGGGGCAGCACCACUGCACAUCUCGUCCAAUUUAAAAAUAAUCACUCCAACUGCAUGUGUGUGCUGUCCCCUUGACUGUCUCUUGCUCUCUCACUCACACGCACACACACUCUCACUUACAUGCACACAUACGCACCUCAUAGACAUAAACACAAAAUCUAUGCUGAUUCUCUUGAAGUAGUACUGAGAGAAUGCUGCACAUUUGAAAGUACCAUUUUUUGGCAAGAUGUUGAAA